CCCUCUCCCGGGUCCGCUACCACAGCGAAAGCGCAAGAGGCGGCAGCAAGAAGGACGGGGUGUAGUAUGUGGAUGCAUAUACCUGAACGAUACAUGCUGGAGAAUGUGCAAGACAGCGGGAAAAACGGACCCCAAAUAUUCAGGACCACUCUAAAGGAGAUGUUUAUCUAGCAAGGAGUGAAAUCCGCGGCGUACGUCAUCGUUUCAUGCUUUAAGUUAACUUGUAACGUUGCUAUCGGCGUGACGCCUGAACUGACGAGUUGAGAUGGUGAUUACCGUUAGGUUCAGGGUAUCAGCAUUGAUUUCUUCAUCUUCUGCAAGAAUAGCCUAGGCAGUUCUACCGCCGUGGGAACAGCCGUCGCACGGUCGAGGAUUGCUGACUUGAGGAUUUAUCUGAUUUCCGGAUUAAACUAUCGUUGUACUUUUUAUUCAAUAGAGACUUGUACUCAGCGUUGGAGCUGUAAUUGGCACAUAGCCUCGCAAACCAAGAUUACUGUGCAGGGGCGCGUGCGCGGGCACAUAUUCACACAAUAUCCCAACGCGCGCGUACACACAGACACAUACAAACAUCUGAGUUAAAUAUUUUAUGAUGUGUGUAAGAAAAUUUAAUAUCUUAAAUGCUAACAGCUAUAGACAUUAUUUGCGAUCUGGACAAAAAGUAUUUUCAAGGACAACAUUCAGUCAGUGAAAAGAAGAGAAAACAAUCUUUCUCCGGCAAACAUAAAAAACCUCGACAUUUUUAAAGACUAUUAACAAGUAAAACAUGAGAGAGUCUCGUCUGAGAGGAUCAUCUGCAGGUUACCGAGGAAACGGCAGCGGUAUUGAAAGUCAGCCUGAGGACUGUGAGAGGGUUGGGGGCAAAAGAGGCGAGGAGUGGGAACAGGGAGAGGCCGGGAGUACGGAGCCCUCCGCCGGGCUGCGUGCCGCGGAGCAGCCGCUGCUGCCUGUGCUGGAAAGCCUGGCUGAAGGAUGGUGGCAGAAUGAACUACACACUCGUCAGGAAUUAUAACAUUCUCUUCUUUUCGGAUAUCGUGUUGGCGAUUUUUGUUAGGGAUAAUUAUUCUGAUCUAAUGAUCAUCUAAAUCCUUUGAAUAAUAGUCAAGAAGCUCCUCUUUGUAAUAUUAUACGCUAUAUAUUCUAGAAAUAUUAUACUCAAAUAUAUAUCUUAAUAUCUUAAAACAUUGGUUUUUACCGAGCACAUUAAUUUUGGUUGCACAGAUGGUUUGGCACAUGUAGAUCUGAAAUUAAUUUUCAGUACAUUGGAUUGUGUAUCACUCUGAACUUAUAGGUAUAUGACAGAAAUCCAUCCAAAGAGAAGAUGCCCAGACGUUGGGAAAUAGAUGUAGGGACAUAGAAAGACAUAGUGCCUAUUGAUAUGAAGCCAUUUCUAUUACAUUGCAUAUAGACAACAGACACACAAGAGGACGUCUUGGACAUCUCUUCCUUACAUGAGUAUUCAAAGAGAACUGGAAUUUUAGGGAAAAGGAAAAAGGGGAGUUUAUCACAAGAAUACUUGGAUACAACAGAAGCUCUCUAUCUGCCACCUGGAGACAACGCUCGCGCCAGGCGGAAGAGCAUAGCCACCGGGAAGCAGCCGAGCAUGGAGACCCCCUCUGCCCCCCCUCAACCCUUCCGACAAUCCAGUUUCCUGAGCCGCAGACUGAAGGGUUCCAUUAAGCGGGCCAAGAGCCAGCCCAAACUGGACCGCACCAGCAGCUUCCGCCACAUGAUCCUGCCCCGGUUCCGCAGCGCUGAUCAGGACAGGACUCGCCUGAUGCAGAGCUUCAAGGAGUCCCAUUCCCAUGAGUCUUUGCUGUCUCCCAGUAGUGCUGCGGAGGCACUGGACCUCACCCUGGACGAGGAUGCCAUCAUCAAGCCUGUCCACUCCAGCAUCCUGGGCCAGGAGUAUUGUUUCGAGGUGACGACGGCUUCAGGAACAAAGUGCUUUGCAUGCCGCUCUGCCGCAGAGAGAGACAAAUGGAUCGAGAAUCUUCAGAGAGCCGUCAAGCCCAACAAGGACAACAGCCGGCGGGUGGACAACGUGCUGAAGCUGUGGAUCAUCGAGGCGCGCGAGCUGCCGCCCAAAAAGCGCUACUACUGCGAGCUGUGCCUGGACGACAUGCUGUACGCGCGCACCACCAGCAAGCCGCGCACCGACACCGUCUUCUGGGGCGAGCACUUCGAGUUCAACAACCUGCCGGCCGUACGCAACCUCCGCCUGCACCUGUACAAGGAGACCGACAAGAAGAGACGCAAGGAGAAGAGCACUUACUUAGGCCUGGUCAGCAUCCCCAUCUCCAGCAUCACUGGCCGGCAGUUUGUGGAGCAGUGGUACCCUGUCAUCCAGCCCAGCGUCCUGGCCAAGGGCGGCGGCGUUGGGGGCGGCAAGAUCAUCAACGCCUCGCUGCGCCUCAAGUCGCGCUACCAGACCAUGAGCAUCCUGCCCAUGGAGCUGUACAAGGAGUUCGCCGAGUACGUCACCAACAACUACCGCACGCUGUGCGCCGUGCUGGAGCCGCUGCUGAGCGUCAAGAGCAAAGAGGAGGUGGCCUGCGCCCUGGUGCACAUCCUCCAGAGCACGGGGAAAGCAAAGGACUUUCUGUCAGAUAUGGCCAUGUGUGAGGUGGACCGCUUCACUGAGAGAGAACACCUCAUUUUCCGCGAGAACACCCUGGCCACCAAAGCUAUAGAAGAGUACCUCAAACUGAUUGGACAUAAGUACCUCAAGGAUGCUUUAGGUGACUUCAUCCGAGCCCUCUACGAGUCUGAGGAGAACUGUGAGGUGGACCCCAUGAGAACCCCUCCCUCUGUCCUCGCCGACCACCAAGCCAACCUGCGCAUGUGCUGUGAGCUGGCACUCUGCAAGAUCGUCAACUCCCAUUGCGUGUUCCCUCGCGAGCUCAAGGAGGUCUUCGCCUCCUGGCGGGUCCGCUGUGCUGAACGCGGCCGCGAGGACAUCGCCGACCGCCUCAUCAGUGGCUCCCUCUUCCUGCGCUUCCUGUGCCCAGCCGUCAUGUCGCCGUCGCUCUUCAACCUCACCCAGGAGUACCCGGACGAGCAGACGUCGCGCACCCUCACCCUCAUCGCCAAGGUGGUGCAGAACUUGGCCAACUUCUCCAAGUUUGGCAGUAAGGAGGAGUACAUGUGCUUCAUGAACGAGUUCCUGGAGAUGGAGUGGGGCUCCAUGCAGCAGUUUCUGUACGAGAUCUCCAACCUGGACAGCGUGACCAACGCGGGGGCCUUCGAGGGCUACAUCGACCUGGGCCGCGAGCUCUCCAUCCUGCACAGCCUGCUCUGGGAGGUCAUGGCCCAGCUCAGCAAGGUGCUCAACGCAAACGUCAACAUGCAGAACACACAGGCAGAUGAGGACCAGCACGCCUCAGAUGCCAUCAUCAAACUCGGCCCAUUACCCCGGCUGCUUAACGACAUCAGCAUGGCCCUGCGCAACCCACACCUCCAGCGGCAGCCCAGCCACCAGACGGAGCGGCAGCAGGAGCGGCAGGCCGAGCGGCUCCGCUCCAGACCCAGCUUCAACCGCGGCGUCUCCUCCGACUUCCAGAACCUUAUGAUGCGGGACCUGAACAGUUCCAUAGAUGUCACCCGCUUGCCUUCCCCGACCUCUGCCAUGUCCAGUGGAGGUGUGGGCGUGCCAUCAAGGGCUGGGAUGCCGGGGUUCAUGGACCGUGACCACCCACAUCGAGCCUCGUCGAAAGACGUCUUCUACGUGACCCGACCCCCUUUGGCCCGCUCCAGUCCCGCCUACUGCACCAGCAGCUCCGACAUCACCGAGCCGGACGCCAAGGUUCAGAGUGUUAAUAAAAGCAUUUCUAUGAUGGACCUCCAGGACUCGCGCAUGAACAGCGUGUCUAAUCUGCAGUCUGUGGGGGAUAUGCUCAACUCCUCCCAGGCCUCCCUCUCCGGCCUCGGCAGCUUCGGCGGCCUCGGAGGCCUCGGUGGCGGCGGCGGUGGCAGCGGAGGCGGCGGGAGCGGCAGCGGCGGGCUGGGCGGUCAGCUCCGCGCCGGGGGCCGGCUUUCGGCCGGCUCGGGCGGCUCCAGCAUGUCCGGCGGCCUGCGGCUGAGCCAGCUGAGCCAGAUGGGCGCCACCACCGACUCGCUCUCCCAGCAGCAGCAGCAGCAGGCGGCCGCCAUGCGCUACCCGCUCUCCUUCCAGAACCCGCUGUUCCACCUGGCCGCCGACGGCCCCCAGCACCAACACCACCACCAACACCAUCAGCUCCACCACCAGCACCCGCACGGCGGCGGACGCGCUCAGCCGCCCCCUCCGCUGCUGCUCGCCCCCGAGCCCGACGGCGUGCACCAGGGCUACGCGCCGCAGUUCGGCCACAGCGGCUUCUCGCGCAGCGAGGACCUGUCCACCCUCCGCACGGCCUCGCACCUGGGCCAGCCCAGCAUCAUCCACUCACACAGCUACAGCGACGACUACACGCGCCACAGCCAGGCCGACUACGGCCGCCGACAGCUCUCCAUGCACAUGCAGGACAACCUCCAGCAGCAGGAAAUGAUGAAUCUGGCCUCCCAGACCGGCACCUCCCACUCCUCGUUGGCCUCGCCUCCGUCCACCGUGCAGCCCGUGCGCCAGAGCUCCAUGGCGCCCCCUGGGGGGCAGCCGCAGCCUGCCCAGCGCAUGAAGUCCCAGACGUCGCACCAGCUGUCCGUCAGCUCCGCCGCCGCCUCCACCCCGCCCAAGCAGCAGCGCCCGCAGAGCGGCAACCUCCUGCAGUCGCCCGAGUCGGCGGGGGGAUACGGCGGCGGGCGGCAGCAGGCGGCGCCGCGGCAGCAGCUCUCGGUGAAGGACAACACGGCGCCCGGGCUGCCCCAUCAGCAGAGCUCCGCUCGCGAGAGUCAGGGGUCGCAGGGGUCACAGGGGGGCACUCCGCAGUCCACGCAGCAGUCGUCCAAGCAGCAGCCUCAGCAGCAGCACCUGCUGAAACCCACCAUGAGCAAACAGGGUUCUCAGUCCCCCUCCACACUCAACCCCCCCACCCCGGCCUCGGAGCGGACGGUGGCCUGGGUGUCCAACAUGCCCCACCUGUCGGCCGACAUCGAGAGCUCACGCAUCGACCGAGAGGACUUCAAGCUGAAAGAGUACUCUAAGAGUAUGGACGAGUCUCGGCUUGAUAGGGUGCGCGAAUACGAGGAGGAAAUCAACUCUCUGAAGGAUCGCCUGAUGAUGUCCCACCGCAAGCUGGAGGAGUACGAGCGCCGGCUACUCACGCAGGAGCAUCAGACCAAUAAGAUCCUGCUGCAGUACCAGAGUCGGCUGGACGACAGCGAGCGCAGGCUCCGGCAGCAGCAGCAGGAGAAAGACUCCCAGAUUAAAGGGAUUAUAAACAGACUCAUGGCAGUGGAGGAUGAGCUGAGGGGUGGAGCUUUGGUUGAGCCUAAAACCAGGAUAUUCGCUGAGCAGGAAGGCCAGCUUUCCUCCUUGGGUUCAGCAGACCGCAGUGUGAAUAAAGGAGGAGGAAGAGGAAUAGCCCUCGCAGCUGACCCUGGAGUCUCUUCCUCUGGACUCUCCCCAGACAAACCCCCUCGGAAUGGAGUGCUGUCCCCCCCGUCAGCCCCAUCUCGUCGCCCCCCUCCUCACCCUAACCACAGACAGAAUGGAGAGCUCCGUGGCAACCAAAAGCCCAUCCCAGUGUCAGUCACAACGGCAACUAGCACCCCAGCAACCGAGUCUGGCCUAGCAGAAGGGGGAGCAGGUCGAUAACAACACCAAAACCAAAUGAAUUAGAGAAGACCCAGAGCCUGAAAAAAGUGACCCUAAUGUCCCUAGACAAGCUCCUCAUCGCACCAUUUUGUUUUUGCUAUAUCCUGUGCUCAAACCAGAGAGAGAGAAGAGUUCUGUGUGAGGGGGCAGCACAUAUUUUACAAAUAGCAGGAACAGAAGAGAAUCAAGGGCUCUUAAGGGAUCUGCUCUCCAAAGAUCCAAAAAGGCUUUGGUCAAUAUAUGUCUUUAAAGACAAGUGACAAUACUUUAAAUCUCCUGGAUAUCAUUGGAAUAUCAUAUUGUUUUUUUUUUUUUAAAGAAAGCUUUUAACAAUCCUCUUACUUGUUGACCACAACAUGGUUAAUGGAGAAUGCAAAAGAGAAUCCAUAAGUAUAAUCUUGAUCAUAUGGACUCAGUCGUAGUUGUCUUCUGUCUUGAAACUGCUAUAAACAUCCUUUGGUGAAGACAUUUUCAUGUGGUCUAGCUUCCGUAGUGCCUUUCAGCAUCUAUAAACAGGGUUAAAAAAAGUAAUGUUCUAGCAAUGUUAUCACACUAGUGGUUGAAUUACACAGUGUAAAUCAGAAAAUCAAAGAGAACUGUCAGUCCCAUGCCAUUUGAACAAAACUGUGUCCAAGACAAACCAAGUCCACUUUUUUGUGGAUUUUACAACAAACAACAAACACUUGAGGGAAGUGGUUAUAGUCACCAAAAUUGUAAUUAACUUCUUUGUUUGUUUAUUUUUCGCCGAACUGGACUUGCAUUGUUUUCUCUUCUCAAUCUCAGAACCUGAUGAUGAUUACUUGGUGCUACAGAAACGAACCGUGCCAUUUCCAGAACAAGUCUGUGUCAUAGCACUGCCUCUCAUUCACCCACUGUUCAUCUGUCCUUGUCCACGCUGCUCCUUUUUCAUUUACAGCCUACUGUCAAAAUGUCUAAGUGUUUAUAUGUGCAUGUGUGUGUGUGUGUGUGUGUGUGUGUGUGUGUGUGUGUGUGUGUGUGUGUGUGUGUGUGUGUGUGUGUGUGUGUGUGUGUUUGUGUGUGUGUGUGUGUAUGUGUGAAUUUGAGAGAGGUAGAGAGGGUGAGUGUAAAAAAUCUAAUGUUUGUCUGCAUUGAUGGUCAUGAAGGAAGUGGAAGAUGAGGUGGACUCUGUCAGGUAACCUAUCGCCUGCCAAUCAAAAGAAAAGAGGGCAGGACAUUAAUGGGAAAUAAUGGCAGGUAUAUAUCUAUAUAUGUGUAAAGAAAUAACAUCUAUUUUUCUAUGCGUCACUAUAUGCCUCAAGACAGCUGUCCAUAAAAGUAUUUGUAAGUGCCCCACUGAGAAAAUCAGUGUUGACAAAUAAUGUUUGAGAAUUAUUUGACUGAAAUGUAAGUUCUUGUCCUUAGUUAUUGCAAAUUUGCUUUUAGAAGAGGUGUGAGACUGAAAUAUGUCAUCAUUUUUACUUUUCGAUUAACCCUUGACUGAUCCUUGGUAACAUACUGGCCCUAAAGACAGCAAAAUUCAUUUUCCCAGGUAAAAUAUUGUGUUUGUUCUGAGAAGCUCAAAGUGAGCUUUUUUGUACAAUUUAAAAUGGUUUCUUAAAAGCAUGCCAGAUACCUACAGUAAUGUAUUACGGUGGACUGUGUUAAGCAUAUCUUUAGUCCUGUUCUAUGUUACUCAUCCCUUUUCCUUUCUAUGUGUUCCAUUCCGUGUGUAUACUGUUCAUUGUGAUGCUUGUUCGGAAGAGUGACUUUAUUGCCAUUUUGCUUUAAAUUUGCGCAAGACAUCCAUGUAUAUAUGCAUUGUUGUGCUGAUGCAAUGACCUAUUGUUCUUCAUGCGCAACUAGUUUUAUGGAAAGGACAAAAGUUAACCCAUGCCUCAUUUAUCCUUUAUUAUUUGUUUUGCAAGUGCAUACACUAGGCCUUAAAAUAAUGUAGAAAUGCAGCAAGCACAGCAUGCAGUGUUGAAAUGCCUUUACCACGGGCUACCAUGUGCAAUUGGCAUAUGAACAACAAAUCAAACAAUAAAAUUAUUGAGCUAUAAUGUCCAGAAGAGUGUCUAGCCAGGGGAAGGUAGGAACUGGUUAUGAUUCUGUAAGAGUGAAAAAUAAAAGUGUAGAUGAGGGCUAUCAUUUAAAUGACCUGUGCUGCAUCUAGUAAUAAAUACAACGUGUUACAAUAGGGGAGAUGCAUUGUAGGACUACAGGGUUGACAAUGCACAGUGCCAUGAAUAUACCUCAGACAAAGAAUUGAGAGACUCAGGUAAACAAACCAUUGCCUCACACAUGAACAUAAACAGGCAAAAAACAGUAAACGAAUGGCUGCCUCUGAGUGGUUCAUCCAUCUAUCAGAAGCAAUGAUUGGAUAGCACUCUACCAAGCUCCUCCCCUGUUCUUCUCUCUCUAUCUUCCUUCUCUCCCUCCAGCCAAUCACACAGCUUCAUGGCGGACAAUCUGGAACCUGAUUGGCUGAUGCAGCCAGGGCGGUACUCAGGAUGGCCUGGCUUUAAUUCAAGGGCAGUAUCUCAUGAUUCGGUUGGUUGACAGAAGGAGAAACUGAGGC